GACUUCGCGCCCUACGUAUCUUUGACAUAGUCCACCGACAAGGACACCAGACAUUCAAUAUGCCAGUCGUCAAAGGAGGUGUAUGGACCAAUAUUGAGGACGAAAUUCUCAAAGCCUCCGUUUCCAAAUAUGGGCUGAAUCAGUGGGCACGAGUAUCGUCGUUGUUAGCACGAAAGACACCGAAGCAGUGUAAAGCAAGGUGGACGGAAUGGCUGGAUCCAGGGAUACGCAAGAUCGAGUGGUCGAAGGAGGAGGAUGAGAAGCUACUACAUCUGGCAAAGCUGAUGCCCACACAAUGGCGGACAAUUGCGCCUAUCGUUGGCCGAACUGCUACCCAGUGCCUUGAGCGGUAUCAGAGACUUCUCGAUGAAGCCGAAGCACGAGAGAAUGAUGAACUGGGGCUUGGAGGGCCGGAAGGUGGCGAGGCGUCCGCGCCCACAGGGGAUACUGUGCGAAAACUACGACCUGGUGAAGUUGACCCCGAUCCAGAAUCUAAGCCUGCGAGGCCUGAUACGAUCGACCUCGACGAGGAUGAAAAGGAGAUGCUAAGCGAAGCAAGAGCACGCUUGGCAAAUACACAAGGAAAGAAGGCGAAGAGAAAAGCUCGGGAGCGACAGUUGGAGGAAUCAAGGCGGCUAGCAGUGCUUCAGAAGAGACGAGAGCUGAAAAAUGCGGGCAUUAACAUCAAAAUAACGACGCGCAAGAAGGGCCAGAUGGAUUACAAUGCAGAUAUCCCGUUCGAAAAGCAAGCUGCGUCCGGGUUCUACGACACGCAGGACGAACAGGCAAAAAAUGAGCGCGAGCGGGAGAUGUUUAAUCCCAGAAAACAACAGUUGGCGAGGAAAAGACAAGGAGACCCCGAGGACAACGUUGAUUCGAAACGGCAGAAGCAGGACAAGGACAAAUCGUCGUCAGCGGCUAUGGCUGCCGCGGCAAAAGCUGGUCAGAUGCAACGAAUUCGUGAAGCUGAGCAGAAAAGCAAGCGGAGGGCACUGAAUCUUCCAGCGCCGCAGGUCAGCGAGAGCGAGUUAGAGGAGAUAGUAAAGAUGGGUAUGGCAGGCGAUAGGGCGAUCAAGGCAGCUGGAGAAGAUGAAGAAGACAGUCGUGGGCUUGUGUCCAACUACGCGAAUAUGGUCGGUGCGACACCUAUUCGGACACCUCGAGCGCCGGCGCAAGAAGACCACAUUGCCAACGAGAUCAGAAAUAUCAGGGCCCUGACAGAAACGCAGUCAUCCUUGUUGGGUGGCGAAAAUACACCUUUGCUUGAGGGCAGCAGUUCUACAGGAUUUGACGGUAUUGCUCCGCGAAGAAAUGAGAUGGUCACCCCAAACCCCAUGGCCACACCAUUCCGCCAGGGAGGACCGGACGGCCAGAUAACCGGUGCCACACCGCUGCGUACGCCACGGGAUAACUUUACGAUCAAUGAAAAAGGGGAGCGGCAGCUGGUCGGCCAAACGCCCCGCGACAUUCGACUAGCUGAGAAUGCAGCAAAGAAUUCACUGAGGGCGAGACUUGCUUCUCUUCCAAAACCCAAGGAGACUGAUUGGGAACUCGAGCUGUUGCCGUCAGAGCAGGAAGAGGCAGCUGCCCAGGCGAGGACCGAGAGGGAAGAUCAAGAAGAGAUCGACCGGCGAAGGCGGGAAGCUCAAGAAGCUGCUGCUGCUGCGGAGUUCAAGCGGCAGACGCAAGUAUACCAGCGUUCCUUACCUCGUCCGAAGACAGUUGACUAUAACUCACUCGCCUCCCAAGCGCUGUCAAUCACCGACCCGAUCCAAGCCAUGAUAGCCGAAGAAGCUGCCCUUCUUAUGGCGCAGGACGCCCAGAAAUAUCCUCUGCCAGGCUCAAAGGCCAUCGGCAAGCCUCCACGAUUGAACUCGCUAUCGGACGAUCUGAUUGCCAGAGCGCGUCAGGAGUUGGCCGCCGCAUGUAACGAGGCUGACCAGCAAUCUUACGUGUCUGCUGUGGAGGGAAUUUACGAUGCUGGAAUGGAGCGCGAUGCAAUGCCUUUGAAAUUUACCGAGAACACAACGCCUGAGGAAUAUCAAGCUGCAUUUCAGGCCGCACACAAGAAUCUCCUCGAUGCCGCUGAAGCUGGCAACAAGUUGGAAAAGAAGCUCGCCCUACAUCUUGGUGGGUACCAAGGGCGGCAAAAAACGCUGAAACAAAAGAUCGCGACGGUCUAUUCACAGAUCGAGGAACAACGCGCACAGCUGGAAGCUUUUAGGGCAUUGCAGAUUGGCGAAGAGGGCGCGCUAGCCAGACGACUCGAAAUGCUGAGGGAUGAAGUCAAUUUUGUGAGCCGAAGAGAACGAGAAGCGCAGGAGGACUAUCGGGCUGCUAGAGACGAACUGCGAGAAUUGGAGGCCAACCGCGCGGUCGAAGUGAACGGGAUCAAUAGACAUUCUUGAAUUGGCGGAUCUUCCUUGAGGAGGCAACAAGCCAUGAUUACUUAUCCGACUGCAUUGUGCUGCAAAGCUUCCCUGGACUUGGGUGUCCUAGCACCAAUAGCGGCACAUAGACAAUCUUAUGUAAUACGUAUCGUCUGAGUUACUAGUAAUCUCGUAGAACUUGCUGCAGG